AUGGCCUUCUCAACUGCAAGACACUAUUCAGCCAAUGCAUGUUUGCUUCCCAUUUGCUCCUUUUAUGGUGCAGCAGUGACUACAGUGGAAGGUAUUGGAAGUGCCAAAACCAGGAUUCAUCCAGUUCAGGAAAGACUUGCCACGUGCCAUGGCUCCCAGUGUGGGUUCUGCACACCUGGAAUGGUGAUGUCCAUAUACACUUUGCUAAGAAACCACCCAGAACCAACUUCAGAGCAGAUGAUUGCAGCUCUGGCUGGGAACUUGUGCCGCUGUACUGGAUACAGGCCAAUCUUAGAUGCCUGUAAAACCUUCUGUAAGGAAUCCAUUUGUUGUCAAAGAAAAGCAAAUGGAAAAUGUUGCUUGGAUCAGGAAGAUAAUUUGUUUGACAAUGAAGAGAAGGUGUCCACCAGCCUGUUUUCAGCAGAUGAAUUCCAGCCCUUAGAUCCCACCCAGGAGCUUAUCUUCCCUCCAGAACUAAUGAGAAUGGCAGAAAAUCAACCAAAAAGAACUCUGGUUUUUCGUGGGGAGCGAGUAACAUGGAUUUCUCCUGUAAGCUUGGAUGAACUGCUGGAUCUGAAAGCCACCUACCCUAAAGCACCUCUUGUGGUUGGGAACACCAGUGUGGGACCUGACAUGAAGUUCAGAGGUGUGUUCCAUCCAGUUCUUAUUGUUCCUGCAAGGAUCCCUGAUCUGAAUGUGCUGAAAUACACAAAUGAUGGGUUAACUCUGGGAGCUGCCUGCAGCCUCUCUCUAGUGAAAGACAUCUUGACAAAUGCAAUUGCCAAGUUCCCUGAAGAGAAGACAAGGGUUUUCUGUGCUGUCUUGCAGCAAUUGAGAACUCUGGGCGGAGAACAGAUAAGAAAUGUUGCUUCAUUUGGUGGAAACAUCAUAAAUAGAAAAUCAACAUCAGACUUGAAUCCUGUUCUGGCAGCCAGCAACUGCAUGCUCAAUCUGGCUUCAAAAGGACAAAGGCGACAGAUUUCUGUGAGUGAUAUUUUUGCAGAUGGAGUUGGUAACAAUACCAUUACACCAGAAGAGAUCUUAGUCUCUAUCCAUAUUCCCUAUUCUAGGAAGGGGGAGUACGUCUCUGCAUUUCGACGAGCACCAAGACGGGAAAAUGCUCUUCCGAUAACCAAUGCUGGGAUGAGGGUCCUUUUUGAAGAAGGUACAGACAUGAUAAAGGAUCUAAGCAUUUUCUAUGGAGGUGCUGGCUCAACAACAGUCUGUGCAAAACAAACUUGUUGGACCCUUACUGGAAGGUAA